GCACCGGACCGCAUGAGCAGGGCGCACAAGGGAGUGGUGAUGUUCUUCGUGGGGGCGGGGUGGAGCGUGCAGAACAAGCUGCUGCUGCCCAACAAGGACCAAGGCUUCUUCCGCCUCGCCGCCCCCCUGGUGGUGGACUUGGGCAUCCUGGGAGUCAUGCUGGACCAGGUGCCCAUGAUGCCCAUAGACUUCUACAUGGGGCCACCCGGAGUGGGCAAGGCGAUGAUGUUGCAGGAGGAGCAGAUCAUGGCGCACGCGACGGCCAUGUUUCUGGAGAACCCGAGCGACUACGAGUGGGCCAUGGAGUUCCCGAUGGUCAAGUCAGUGGUGCGCGGCUUCGAUGUCGCCCAACUCGCCACCCGCGCUCUGCUGCCCUCCGUGCCCGUGGAGGGCUUCGUGAUGAUCGGCGUAAGCAAGAGGGCUCUUUGCUCCUGGCUGGCUGCUGCCCUUGACAAGAGGGUGGUGGGGAUCAUAUCGUACGGCUACGAUUUCUUCAGCAUGGUGGCGAGCUACCGCCACAUGUUCCGCUCGCUGGGCGGCUGGCCCAUCCUGCUGCGCUUCCACGUCGAGUACAACAUCACCCUCAAGAUCCUCCAGCCACAGUUCAACAGGUUCAUGGAGCUGGUGGAUGCGUACAGCUACCGUGACCGCCUCACCAUGCCCAAGCUCAUUGUCUCUGCUGCCAACGACGAGUUCUUCGCCCUCGAUGACAGCUACAACUACUGGGAGGGGCUGCCGGAGCCCAAGUUCCUGAAGCUGCUGCCCAACAUCGACCACAUGGUGCUGCACUCCUCGCAGUGGGGCUACGACGCCUGCAUGUCCUUCUUCCUCGCACUGCUCCACGACACCUCCUCCUGCGCCGCCCUGCCCCCGUCCAGCCGCCCCUCCCUCACCUGGCUUCCCCCCAACGCCUCCUCCCCUUCCUCCUCUCACCAACCCUCAUCUUCACCCCCCUCCUCAUCCAAUUCUACCGACACCAGCAGCAGCAGCAUUGGGAGGGCGGGGCUGUUCUCGCUGGCGUUGGGGGGGCGCCCUGCUGCCCCUCCGCUGCUGCUGCCUUGGACCUGCUUCCCUCUGCUCACACACGUGCUCUGGCCCAAGCUGACGUGGCGCUUUGAUUGGCCCUCCUACACCAUCCAUGCCACGUCAGAGGUUAAACCUGUGGCUGUGCAAGCAUGGACUGGGAAGACCUUCAUGGGCAGCAAGCGGCGUGACUUCCGAUUCAUUCUGCACCAAGGCAGGACGGGAUGUGUGCUGCCGUUCCAGGGCCCGGCGGGGAGCUACGUGAGCAGGCUGGGGAAGCUCUGUGUGCAACCCAUCGCCUUCUUCCAAGAUAAAGUCACGCCCCCUACAAGGAAGGACGAUGGCAAGUGGCAUUUCAGCGCCACUGUCAGCGACAUUCCCAAGGUGGGGUAUCGGGCGUUGUGGAUUCAAGUGGAUUAUGACCUUCCAAGUUACGACAAACCCUUUUCCAUCACCACUGAAGCCAUGGUAGCGCCAAACAACUACCCUUUUGAGUAUUGCGACACGGCAAAAUGCCACAAUGUCCUGGUUUAA